AUGCUGAUCGACGAGGAUGCUUUUGCCGAAUAUGCCGCAGACAACAAACCCUUGCUUGAAAAGGAACUCCAAUUCUUCCGUGAAAAGAUUGACGAAGCCAAGCUGAUUGUCCCAAUUGAUGAGAAGGCCGAGGCUAAAAUACUGGACAAUGCGAUGAAGGAGAUAAAGAAUGCUAUCCACACCGCCAUAAUAGCUCGGGAAAAGCUCAUUCCUGCCAAAUCGCCAGCCCCUGAAAAGCAAGAGAUAAACGAGCCCGUCUUUAGUGAUACAAAGGGCAACGUCAAAGAAUUGCUGUCGGAUCCCAGAUAUGAGAGGAAAUCAACAUUGCCUGAACCUACUACCAAUCCCAACGUCGCUGAUACCCCUGACAAGCUCUUGCAUUGUGAAGAAUCAUUGCGCAAACGAGAGGUGUCUAACGGUGAUGCAGAACGGGUGGCAACUGGUGCCCCAGCCGAAAAGCGAACGAGGGCUGCAUAUGGAGAAGAGCAGGAUCUGGUGGAGCCUCAUCAAGGAGAUGAUCCAGAAGUCCUCCCCGAUUCCCGGAACCUAGUACUGAGAUCGGAACCCACCAGGGGUACGACGGUGAACCAUCAAAUUCUGAUUAUCGAAAACGAGCAGCAACCGCUUCCCGCAUCCGGAAACGGAAUGGAAUGGACAAAUGACGACACUGGAUGCUACAAAGCUGAAAACGCUUUGGUUAGAGAUUCGUUCGACACAAAUUCUCUAAACGCACACUCCGAAAAAUGUUUUUCUGUGGAAGAAGUCAGCAUUGUCGAUUCAGAUUCCUCGAAGGCAGCGGAAAAAUUGGGGCAGUGCACUCAGGCAGAUCUUGCAAAUGCUCUCGCGGAAUUUUCAGAAGAUCGUCAGGAACAAACUGAUUAUGAAAUCAGCGCAUUGAGCUGCGCUUUAGCGUUUUCUGACAGCGCCUACCAGACACAGCAUUAUGAGGACGCUAAUCAUUAUGAGGCCAGACCAGAUUUUGCUCAAGGUACUCUGUACUCAGAGACACCUCAAUUAGCCGAAACAAUUUCAAAGCCAGCAGGUGUUAGCCAAGAAAUCCCGCAUCUGGAAAGACGGCUGCUGACUGUGAAUAUCUCCACAGAAGUGCAGCCUGAAACGAUCAGAUCCUUUGCAGUUGAUGUGGAGAAGACAGGGAGAAACGCUGCAACCCAGCAAAAACACGCAGUAAGCGUGCACUUCCAAGAAACAGAGAAAAGUGGUGAAUUAGGCUUUGUUUUAUCUAAGUUCGCAGAAGAAUCAAUUCCAGACAGGCUAGUGGGCAACGACCCGGAGCAGCAGGAAACGGAUGGCCAACAAGAAGUCGCCUCCGAAUCUGUAGCCAUUCAUGGAGAAAAUGCUAUGGAGAAUGAAACGUUGCGAGACUGUUAUUCGAUUUCGAUGGGAAUGGAUGUUAUGCACGGUUUUUCACAUCACACUGAAAUCCAUGAGGAUGACAGAGAUCCGCAAGAAAGAAUCGCAGUGACUGCGCACCUCUCUCCGAUAGUGACCAGUGUGAGUGGGCUUCGAAUUGAUGGAGAAAAAUGUAAUGACCCUCUGGCCGUCAAUAUAGCUUCUUAUCAACGUUUAAGCGAGGAGCCGCCGGCUCUACCAAGGGUUGAUUUACCACCCUUUAACGAGAAACAACCACUAGAGUCUAUCACGGAUGUCGAUUCGAAUGAUUUUAAGGUACGAAGGUUGGAAAUUACGGAUGCGGUGGAAGGCAAGGCAAAGCAAACCGUUGACAGACCAGUUAAGAAGACAUGGCGUCGGGAGGACUUUAUCAAAUCGGCACCGCUAGAGGAGGCCGCCGGUGCAAGCGAGCUACAACGCCAUCCGCCAACUGGCAGUGAUAAUCCUCGCAGUACUUAUAGUGACUCUAACCCGCCCAAUCUUGCUAUGAACCCCGAGAACGAUCCUAUUACGAUCGCAGAACCCGGAAUCGCAGAGCGUCCUGAAGACCAAACCCAUGGCCAGCAGCACGACGAUGUCUUUAGUGAAGAGCCGCUAACACGCGGGCCUCAUGCUGGAUCUGUCCAAGGAUGCUAUUCGAUGCAACUGGCAUCCUCCGGAAGGGAACCUACCUCCUCGGACAUCGAAUGUGGUCCGAUUAAGGAUGACUACGACAUUAGCGCUGCGCCGGCCUUGUGUCUUACCGUGGCAAAUAUCAAUGCGGUUCCUAGUCGGAGUUCAUUUUUCCAGAAGCCGGAAUAUGUGCAAGACUCAAGUUGCGAACCACCUACGGACAACCGCAUUCCCACAUUACGGCGUAACACACGGCUAGGGCAUUCGACUCCUACAAUGGCGGAAAAACAAGAGAUCACGGAGUCGAGCUUAGACGAGACGACAUCGAACAAAUUGUUUGAUAACGUUCUCGUCAAGGAAAACCGGCAAAUAGAAAAGGAAAAAGGACCACGUCCGGAACUCCCGAUGGUUCCUGUAGAGAAGCCUCAAAGUCCUGCAUACCGUGCCCCCCACCCCGUCCCCAUUGAUAAUACAAAAAAGCGCAAUUCUGUCCAAAUACCGGAUCCAGGGUAUGAAAGGCGAGAUGCUCAAUUACAUGAAACUCAAAAAUCGGAGGACAAAGAUGAUUUUGUAUGCAACGCAUCCACUCAACCCCUAAACGUUUUGUCCCAAGCCACCCUUCAUCAUAACAAUACUAAAUUUGUUGAUGGAAAUGCAAAUUCGAACUCUACACGCAGCGAGCAUGAAAAUAUUUAUGUUGCCACAUCACAACUUUCACCUGACCCUCAUAUGCCCGUCUCUCAACCAGGUGCGGAAUUUGAUGUCGAUACGACGGUUUCGCGCAAUCGCCCUUUUCGAAAACGUGUAGAUGACGAACAUGAUUAUAUGGAGGGCAAUACGGAUGCUCAUGUGCGUUCAGCGAGUCAUGACUCCGCCCAUUCCUCAGAAACCACCCCCGACCAGCGCGUUCUCAAGGAUUCCGCUGCAUCGGAAAAGCAGAUGCCGUGCGCGCAAACGCUUCCUGGUCAUUGGGGCGGUGUGACACCCGCAUAUACCGAAGCACGUAGCACCCAAGUGAGUGGAAAAUUAGUGUAUCUUCACCAAUACAAAUCGGUGACACAAAGAACUACAAUCUACUCCAAUGCAGAACCAGCCCCUUCGUUCAUACCGGCCUCAAAGGUAGCUAGUCAGCUUCAGACCGAGGUGCGGCAGGAUAUGAAUUCUUUGGGCUUCCACAAUGAUGUUUCUAGUUCCGGGCUGACUGCGCGGCAAUCCAAAAAAGUUUUGACGACGAAAACAGUGCUUGACUGGGCUAACCGUAAAGAUUCGCCUGGCGCUUUAUUGACUCUUACACCUAGCAAGACCAAGAUUGGGAGCCGCGCGGAUGAGGUAAUCGGCGACGAUCGAGCAUUUGAUUCCACAACGAAUCACACAAUCGCAGUCGCUGGUGCCAGCCAACGUGAAAAGCGGUUGCAGUCAAAUGGCCGCCUGGCGGCAAUAGAGCAAAGCGACGAAAUACUGAUGUUGCAAAAAGGCGAGCUAAGCACGGAAGCGUGGAAAGUGCAGCUCCACAUGGCUCAAGCCGAGACAAUAAAACUAAAGCAAGAGCUAGAAAGACGAUCAAAAUCCAUGGAGCAAAUCGAGACGGAUAUGAAAUGGUUCAACAUCGACCGGGACCGUUGCACGAAGAGGUUCCACGAUGAUCACUGUUUUCUUUCACCCAUGCGCCGGGAGCAAUUGCGGCUGGAUCUGCGUGAGGCCAUCAACUGCUCCAGCCGCGGCCAUAAAUACGCACAAGAGUCGGCCACGCACAGGAGGCAAGCGGCCGCUCGAGCAUAUUUCGAUGCAACAGGCAACGACAACUUGGAUCAACACGUUGACAUCGUAUCUGGAAUAGGAAGCGGCCCUCCAAAUGCCGAUAAUAUACUUGAAGUCUUCUACAACUAUACGGACGAUGUGCAGAGCCUGCAGACUUACUGUCGUCAGCAUCAACUUGGCUUCCAAGACGAGCACUCAUUUCUGCGCCAUUUUGAGCUGUAUUGUCGUUGGGAAUUUGAACAGCAUAAGGGCGAGCCGUUAUAUCUGCCCCACAGGAAUUCUGCCCAUGAAAAUAUCACCAGGGUUUGCCUUCGCCAAGGAAGCCUUCGCAAGCCGGAGACGUUCAUCUACUACCGCGGGGAGAUCGAUUUCUUUAUCUCUAACUAUCCGGAAAAAUGGCCUUUGGUCAACACGAUAGAAUCCACCCUGGCAUACAUGGCCUUCUUCCACGAUGCAUUGGCUCGGCAUACAAAAAAUCCGGGAAAAUUUUGGAAAAAACUGCAAAACGCCUCAAUGGCGAUGUGGGAGGUCAAGGCGGAAGCGAUGGGUGAUAUCACGACUCCCAGGGCUGCUCUGAAGAAAGAAGAAUGUAACGCCUACGCAACGGAUAUGCUUAAUUAUUCGGAUCUCCACGAACGUGGUUUUGCCAAAGGAUUACGCAACAUGGACUUCAUUAAU